AUGAGCUUCUCCCUCUUUUGUUUUUAUGCUAUAUUUGCCUUCCUCUGCAAAGCUUCCUCCUCCCUGCCCGGAAAUGUUUCUGAUCACACAGCAUUGCUUUCACUCAAAGCCAACAUCAUCGGAGAUUCUCUUCAGUCGUGGAAUGAGUCUACCCAUUUCUGUAAUUGGGUUGGAAUAACUUGUGGUCGCAAACACCAACGAGUUGUAUCAAUCGAUUUGAGUUCGAGCAACCUUCAAGGCUCUUUGUCCCCAGCAAUUGGGAACUUGAGUUUUCUUAGAGAAUUGAUUCUUUACAACAACACUCUAGCAGGUAUAAUUCCUAAAGAGAUGGGUAGACUUACAAGAUUAAGUGGGUUGGAUCUCACUAUUAAUGUAUUUUCAGGUGAAAUUCCAAAAAACCUUUCACAUUGUGUUAGUCUAACAAAUUUUUAUUUGGGAAACAAUAAUCUAACGGGUACAUUUCCUUUGGAGUUUCGAUCACUGUCCAAACUUGAGCACCUUUCGGUUGUCACAAACCACUUGACGGGAGAGAUACCUGCUUACAUAGGCAAUUUUUCAUCACUCAAGAAACUUUCUUUUGGUGUAAAUAAUUUCAAGGGAAAAAUUCCUACUUCUUUUGGAUGCCUGCAGAAAGUUUUUGUUAUUUAUGUAAACAAUAACUACCUGACUUCUACCAUUCCCAUGUCCAUUUUCAAUAUUUCUUCAUUGAUCGAGUUUCAUGGAGAAGAAAAUCAACUUCAAGGAUAUCUUCCUCCAAAUUUAGGCUCUACUCUUCCAAAUCUAGAGUUUUUAAAUAUAUUUAAUAAUUACUUAAUAGGGCGACUUCCCAUCUCAAUCUCAAAUGCCACAAGGUUGUGGUAUUUUGAUGUUACUCAUAAUGGUUUUAUUGGAGGAGUACCGUCAUUUGGUGGACUUAAAAGACUAAAAUAUCUUUCACUUGAUGACAAUCCACUUGGUAAUGGAAAAUCCACUGAUUUGGAUUUCAUGUCUUCUCUUCUCAAUAGUACUGCUACACUAGUGGCCUUGUAUCUUAGUAAUUGCAAUUUUGGAGGGGUUUUGCCCAGAUUCAUAGCAAACUUUUCAAGUCUUGAGGGUUUUCUCAUUCCAAAAAAUGUCAUAAGUGGUACUAUUCCAAGUGAAAUUCGUCAUCUUGUUAACUUACAAUACCUAGACUUAUCAGAAAACCAGCUAGGCGGUACUAUUCCAAGCUCAUGGGGAAGCCUUCAAAAACUCAUCGGUUUAAACCUUCAAGGAAACAAAUUGUUUGGUGAGAUUCCAAUUUCAAUGGGAAAUCUGUCCAUUCUUAGUGACCUUUACCUACAAUUCAAUGAGUUGCAAGGUCAUCUUCCUGUAGAGAUUGGUGGGUUCAAAAAUUUGUUGUCACUAAACCUCUCAAACAACAUGUUCUUUGGCACACUUCCAAGUACCAUUGGUGCAUUGAGUAGCUUGAUUGAACUCAACAUCAAUCAUAAUCUUUUCCAUGGAUUUAUCCCUCCUUCUUUCACUUCUUUAAAAAGCCUUGAAAUUUUAGAUCUAUCCUGUGAGAUACCUACUGAAGGGAUUUUUAAACACAAGACUGAAGUUGAGCUUGGUGGUAACUCCAACCUCUGCGGAGGUAUUCCGCAAUUUGGGUCGCCAACAUGCCCAAGAGAAGGGGGAACAAAACAUCUGUCCCAUAUUCAAAAGCUGACAAUUUUUAUUUCAAGUGGGACUUUGAUUCUACUGAUAAUUGUGGCUCUCCUUGUGGUCAUUUACAAGCAGAAGAACAAGCAGCCUUUAAUGUUGGAUGCAACAACAGAGUUCAUGCCUAAGUUGUCAUAUUGGAGUAUCCAGAAGGCAACUAAUGAAUUUUCUAAAUCCAGCAUUAUUGGAUUUGGAAAAUUCAGCACAGUUUACAAGGGCAUUCUUGAUGGUAGUUUGGGAAUAGUUGCAAUUAAAGUGUUCAAGCUUCAAGUGAGAGGAGCAUCCAAGAGCUUUUUGGCAGAAUGUGAAGCGUUGAGGCAAAUUCGGCACCGAAACUUGGUAAAAGUUUUGACCACUUGUUGUAGCAUCGACCAUGAGGGUAAUGACUUCUUGGCCAUUGUUUAUGAGUAUAUGAUCAAUGGUAGUCUGGACAAUUGGCUGCACAAUCUCUCAAAAGAUACAGGAGAGAAUAAUUAUUCAAAGAGUUUGAACUUGUUACAGAGGGUAAAUAUUGCAAUUGAUGUGGCAAGUGCACUUGAUUAUCUUCAUAAUCAGUUGGAGACAGGUUUAGUACAUUGUGAUUUGAAGCCAAGCAAUAUUUUGUUGGAUGGAGACUUAGUUGCUCACGUGGCUGAUUUUGGAUUAGCAAAGUUUUUUCCCACGGAAGUUACAGUUGCAUCUUCAUCUAACCAAGAGAGUUCAUCUAUAGGAAUUAAAGGAACUAUUGGAUAUGCAGCUCCAGAGUAUGGGAUGAGAAGUGAUUUGUCAACAUUUGGUGAUAUGUAUAGCUAUGGAAUCCUUUUGUUAGAGAUAUUUACCAAUAAAAGUCCUACUAGUGAUAUCUUCAAUAAUGGCUUAACUCUUCAUAACUAUGUUAGAAUGAGCGUGCCUGAGCAAGUCAUUGAGAUUGUGGAUCUAAAGCUAUUCAACGAAGAAGCUAAUGCAACUCCUAGAAGCCUUAUACUUCAAAACCAGAUAAUAGAUUGCCUUGUAUCAAUUUUUAAGAUUGGAAUAGCUUGUUCCAUGGAGUUACCCAGAGACAGAAUGAGCAUUGGCAAUGCCGUCAAGGAGUUACAUUCAAUCAAAGACACCCUUGCAGAACUUGGAGACAUUAGAACCAUUCCUUGGUCGAUGUCAUACUACCAUGUGGAUCCAUGAAAGUUAGAGCAAGAUGUAUGAAGUAAUUAAGGUAGCAGCGGAGUUUGCAACGUCAACAAUCCAAUCAGCAGAUCGAAGACUGAGAUCAUACAAGGAAGCAAUUUAUGGGGAUUGAUUCAUUCCAAUUGUACUUUGAUUGAGAAUUUGAUUUGAUUUUAUUUGGUUUGUGAUGUUGGUUAAUUUUGAUGUUUUGAAGAUUUUGUUACUUUCCCUUUUGAAGUUAAUUAGUUUGCAAGUCCAUUGCAACUUCUUUUUCCUGCAAA